AUGUCUGAGGCACCUGAAGUCAUUGUCGAAUACGCCUACGACCACAUCUCAGAAUGGUACCUGCAGUGGGUCGACAGCCAGAAAUCGCCGCGGGAAAGAUACGCCAAGAGGCUCCUGGAAGAGCUGCAGCCUUCGCCUUCUAUUCUGGAGCUUGGCUGUGGCCCUGGCGUUCCGGUCUUGAACAUGCUUCUCAAUCACGGCGCACACGUUGUUGCAAACGACAUCUCGACCAGACAAAUCGAAAUGGCAAGGGCCCGCUUCCCGGCCGCCACGCUCGUUGCAGGCGACAUGACAGCACUCACUUUUGAGCCGGAGAGCUUCCAUGGGGCAGUCAGUUUCUACACGCUGUUCCACCUUCCGCGGUCGAAGCUCAAGCCCAUGCUCGUCAAGAUCCAUGAUUCGCUAAAGCCCGGAGGAGUCUUUGUUUUCAAUCUCGCUACCAUCGACGAGGAAGAAAUCCAUGGCGAAUUCUUGGGGUACGGAAUGUUCUGGAGCAGCUAUGACGUGGACGGGAACCAGGCGCUGCUGAGAGAAGUCGGAUUCGACAUUUUGCAAGUGGAAGUAUUGCAAGCUGGCGAUGGGAAGCUUGAGGAGGACGAUCCGGAUUUCGACGCCGAGUUUAUGUGGGUGGUGGCGCGAAAGAGACAUUCUUCCGCCGAGCAGAAUCCUGUAAGGAUGAUGAAUCCUGGCAAGUAG